AUGCCAAGCCUUGCCAUUGUGCUCCCCACCAAACUCAAUUUCAUCAAACUAAAAGUCGUCGCUAAAAGUGAAGACAGAUUUCGCCUCAGGAAGCGGAAGACGCGCACUCUGCUCUGCGGCUCUCCCAAUAACCUACGUUUUAACAACAGCUUGCUUAUUACCUUCAUAGACGUGUUGCCCCCGCGCUUACUCCCGUUCAUGGGAGAUGGGAACGCAGAGACGCGACUCGACGGUGCCACCGGGCCACGACUAGGGGGAAGCUUUGCGCCAGCCAACCCGCCAUAUCACAAGAGAAACAGCACCGGUAGCACAGGGCUGUCGAGCUCAUUCCUGUCCCGGUUCACUUUCUCGCGCAUGAAUCCUCCCGACACCUCGAAAACCACACAUGGCAAGGCCGAAGGCGAAGAGGAAGCCGACGGAGAUGAGAGCGGUGGUGGCAGCGACAGCAUGCGGACGACGGGCCAGCAGGCUGGAGUGCAGCGGUUAAAGGUACCGGAUAGGGCUAUGGCUAGCGUUCUGAACCAGCAAAGGAGAAAGACACGGAGAAGGAAAGGUUCGUUGAGGAAGACGGCUUUGCUUGGGACAGGUAUAUUGCGGAUGGAAGGCAAGGAGAGGUUUGCUAGUGGUGGGACAACGCUGAAGCGAGCAACGGGGAUAUUUCUUGACCAGUAUGACGGCACGGCAGACAUGGAGGAGGGUAAGAGUAGAGGGAAAAAGGAGGUUGGAAAUGAUGGAGAUAUUGAUCGUAAAGUUGGCUCUGUUGGCUCACAGGGUAAUCAGCAGUUAUCUCAGCUCCAGCGGCGGCUCUCAGCGUCAUUCGAGGACGGCGAGUCUACUCCUCGACGAAGCUAUAGUCAUUCGAAUACGCUUGCCGUGGAUCAUGACGAUUCCCCUUCUGCAUCUCCCUCUCCCUGGAACCAAAACCGGCAGCAGCAGGAACAGCAAUUGCGACGCUCCCUGAUAAACAAUGGUUCUUUCUCAAGUACCACGCAAGAAGGACAGUCCAGCGCAGCAAACUCCGUCCAAGAUGAUGCUACAACAGAUGAUGAGGACGGACUCUCUCUACCACGACUGAAUACCUCAAACUUCUCUCGCCUGUCAACCAAAACUAGCAACAGCAGUAUAUCCACGUCUCCCAUAAUCCCUCCUCUGCAUAUGCCAUUAUCGGCUCUACAAACAGCUGCAUCCUCUAGUUCUGACUCGUUCUUCAAACAUCCGGGCUCCAUGGCGCAGAUCUCACGCUCAGCUUCUCAGCGUAUUCGAUCCCCGCUAGCAACUUCGAACACUGCCGAAAUCACCAGCCCGUCAGAGAUCUGGGACUACUCUGAGACCGAGUGGUGGGGGUGGAUUAUACUGAUAGUUACCUGGUUGGUGUUUGUUGUCGGCAUGGGCAGCUGUCUUGGAGUCUGGAGUUGGGCGUGGGAUGUUGGAGAGACUCCUUAUGCACCACCUGAGCUGGAGGAUGAUGCCACUCUUCCGAUCGUAGGGUAUUAUCCUGCCCUGAUCGUUCUGACAGCUGUUAUGGCCUGGGUUUGGGUAAUAGUUGCUUGGGUGGGCAUGAAAUAUUUCCGACACGCAAAUAUUUCGGGGGACGAUACGUGA